AGGCUUGCAGGUGGCCCUGGCAAACAGCACUCGCUGACAGGUCUUCCAGCCUCUAGCGGGCCCUAGCGCCUCGGCCUUCCCCCGGACCUGGCAGCGCGUUCUUUCUCACUCACCAACACUGGGGAUAUUAAGACUUAGCGCAAACGUCUUUAGGUUUGCAGUUCUGGCCCGCUGGAGACAGAAGCGGCAGCGUAAGCUCCGGGGUCUGGAAACAGGCCUGCGCGGGGUGACAUGUCUGUGGAGAGGUUCCUCGCCGAGCUGUGUGGCACCGACGCGGCACGGCCGCUCCCGCUGUGGGAAGGGGACACCACGGGCCACUGCUUCACCCAGCUGGUGCUCAGCGUCCUUCCCCACGCGCUCCUCGCCGUCCUCAGCGCCUGCCACUUGGGCACCGCAAGGACUACUGAUUACAUCCUACCUUUCAAUCCUGGAUGGCGUGUCCGACUCACUGCUUCCUUCCUUCUCUCCAUCUUCCCGCUGCUGGACCUCCUUCCAGUUGUUCUGCCACCAGGGUCUCACCCUGGGCCCUUAGGGCUAGAGGUGCUGGCAGGAUGUGUGACAGCUGUGGCCUGGUUCACCCACAGCCUGGCCCUGUGGGCAUUGGUUCAUUCCCCUCAUGGCCGCACCCGUGGACCCUUGGCCCUGGUUCUGGCAGCCUUUCUACCAGCCCCUGCCCUUGUGCUGACCCUGUUGUGGCAUUGCCAACGAGGUACAUUUCUGCCCCCACUUCUCCCAGGACCUCUGGGCCGUGUAUGUCUCCUCAUUCUGCAGCUGGGAGCAGUUUUGGCCUAUGGAUUGGGCUGGGCAGCCCCUGGAGGGCCCCGAGAGCCCUGGACUCGUGAACCUUUCCUGUCCUCUGAGAGUCAAGAAACAGAGGUGGCUGAAGAUGGAGAGAGUUGGUUGUCACGCUUUUCUUAUGCCUGGUUGGCACCCUUGCUUGCGCGUGGGAUCCGUGGAGAGCUCCGGCAGCCCCAGGACACUUGCCGCCUCCCCCACAGGCUGCACCCUGCUUACCUGGCCCGUGCACUCCAAGCACACUGGAAGGAGGGGGCCCAGCUGUGGAGGGCCUUGUACGGGGCCUUUGGAUGUUGCUACCUGGCCCUUGGACUGUUGAAGAUUGUGGGAACCAUGCUGGGAUUCUCUGGGCCUCUGCUGCUCUCCUUGCUGGUGGGCUUCCUGGAUGACGGGCAGGAGCCCUUAAGCCACGGCCUGCUCUAUGUCCUGGGGUUGGCCGGUGGGGCUGUGAUAAAUGCUGUGCUAAACAAUCAGUACGGCUAUGAGGUGCGCAAAGUGACACUCCAGGCACGGGUGGCUGUGCUGAGCAUCCUCUACCACAAAGCCUUGCAGCUAGGGCCUAGCCGCCCUCCUACUGGGGAGGUCCUGAACCUCCUAGGGACUGACUCUGAGAGGGUGCUCAACUUCGCCAGCAGCUUCCAUGAGGCCUGGGGCCUGCCUCUGCAGCUGGCCAUCACCCUCUACCUGCUGUACCUGCAGGUGGGCAUGGCCUUCCUGGCUGGAUUGGUCUUGGUCCUGCUCCUGGUACCUGUCAACAAAGUGAUCGCCACCCGCAUCAUGGCCAGCAAUCAGGAGCUGUUACAACACAAGGAUGCAAGGGUUAAGCUCAUGACGGAGCUGCUGAACGGCAUUCGAGUCAUCAAAUUCUUCAGGUGGGAGCAGGCUCUGGGGGACCGAGUAAAGGCCUGCCGUUCCCGAGAGCUGGGGCGGCUCCGGGUCAUCAAGUACCUGGAUGCAAUUUGUGUAUACCUGUGGGCUGCUCUGCCACUCGUCACCAGCAUCACCAUCUUCAUCACUUAUGUCCUCAUGGGGCACCAGCUCACUGCCACCAAGGUGUUUACAACCCUGGCACUUGUGUACAUGCUCAUUCUUCCUCUCAACAACUUCCCCUGGGUGAUCAAUGCCCUUUUGGAGUCCAAAGUGUCCCUGGAUCGGAUCCAGCGUUUCCUUGACCUUCCAAACUACAAGCCUGAGCUCUACUACCGCCCUGAUCCCCCCACGGAGCCAUCCACAGUACUGGAGAUGCAUGAAGCCCUGUUCUCCUGGGACCCGAUCGGAACAAGCCAGAAGACCUUCAUCAGUCACCUCGAAGUGAAAAAGGGCAUGCUGGUGGGCAUCGUGGGAAAGGUGGGCUGUGGCAAGAGUUCACUGCUGUCUGCUAUCACUGGGGAGCUCCACAGGCUAUGUGGGUGGGUGACAGUGUCAGAGCUGUCCAAAGGCUUUGGGCUGGCUACCCAGGAGGCCUGGAUCCAGUGUGCCACGAUCCGAGACAACAUCCUCUUUGGGAAGACAUUUGAUGCCCAGCUGUACAGGGAGGUUCUGGAGGCCUGCGCCCUCAGUGAUGAUCUCAGCAUCCUGCCCGAUGGAGACCAGACAGAGGUGGGAGAGAAGGGUGUGACCCUCAGUGGGGGACAGCGGGCCCGGAUUGCACUUGCUCGUGCUGUCUACCAGGAGAAAGCACUCUAUCUCCUCGAUGACCCUCUGGCUGCUGUGGAUGCAGAUGUGGCCAACCACCUGCUAAACAGGUGCAUCCUGGGAGUGCUGAGCCACACCACCCGGCUGCUGUGCACCCACCGCACAGAGUACCUGGAGAGGGCUGAUGUAGUGCUGUUGAUGGAGGCCGGGCGCCUGGUGCGAUCAGGACCUCCUUCUGAGAUUCUACCAUUGGUACAAGCUGUCCCCACAGCCUGGGCUGAGGAGGAACCAGUGACUAGCUCAGGCAAGUCCCAGUCAGUGCAGAGCCUGGAGAAAACCACGGAGGUGUUGGAGGUGGAGCGGAGUGCGUCUGGUCGCCUAGUGCAGGAAGAAAGCAAAAACGAGGGUGCCGUGGCCCUGCAUGUAUACCGGGCGUACUGGAGGGCCAUGGGCAGCUGCCUGGCCACUGCCAUCCUCAUCUCCCUACUUCUCAUGCAAGCCACACGCAAUGGUGCCGAUUGGUGGCUCUCUCACUGGCUCUCUCAGCUGAAGGCAGCCAGAAAUAGCUCCGAGGAGGGAGCUUUGUCCAGCCCAGACUCUACAGGACUGCUCUCCCCACCGCUGCUCCUCUUCUCUCAGAGAAGCUUCUACAUCCCACUGUUCAAAGCUGCUUCCAAUGGCUCCUCAGAUGUCCACUACCUCACCGUGUACGCGACCAUUGCUGGUGUCAACUCUCUCUGCACCCUCCUCCGGGCAGUGCUCUUUGCAGCAGGUGUCCUUCAAGCAGCUGCCACCCUCCACCACCGCCUCCUGCAUCGACUACUCAUGGCACCAGUGACUUUCUUUGACUCCACACCCACGGGCCGGAUACUGAACCGCCUUUCCUCAGACGUAGCCUGUGUAGACGACAGCCUGCCCUUCCUCCUCAACAUCCUGCUGGCCAAUUCCGUAGGCCUUCUGGGCCUCCUGGUUGUGCUGGGUUUUGGUCUGCCCUGGCUGCUGCUGCUGCUGCCACCUCUGAGCCUCAUCUACUACCGGGUGCAACGCUGCUACAGGGCCUCCUUCCGGGAGCUUCGGCGUCUGGGCAACCUCACCCUGUCUCCGCUCUACACCCACCUGGCUGACACCCUGGCAGGCCUCCCCGUGCUCCGGGCUGCAAGAGCCACUUACAGGUUUGAGGAAGAGAACCAGCGACUCCUGGAGCUAAACCAGAGGUGCCAGUUUGCUUCCUAUGCCACAAUGCAGUGGUUGGACAUUCGGCUGCAGCUCAUGGGGGCAGCAGUGGUCAGCGCCAUCGCGGGCAUUGCUCUGGUGCAGCACCAGCAGGGCCUUGCCAACCCAGGGCUGGUGGGCCUCGUGCUGUCUUAUGCCUUGUCCUUGACGGGCCUGCUUUCCGGCCUGGUAAGCAGCUUCACACAGACGGAAGCCAUGAUGGUGAGCGUUGAGCGCCUGGAGGAAUAUUCCUGUGACAUCCCCCAGGAGCCCCAGGGCCAGCCACUACAGUCACCCCACCAGGGCACCAGCUGGCUGACGCAGGGAAGUGUGGAGUUCCAGGAUGUGGUUCUGGUAUAUCGGCCAGGGCUGCCAAAUGCCCUGGAUAGGGUGACCUUCCGCGUGGAGCCUGGAGAAAAGCUGGGCAUCGUGGGCCGUACAGGCUCUGGCAAGUCUUCCCUGUUUCUGGUGCUCUUCCGGCUGCUGGAGCCCAGCGCAGGGCGGGUGCUGCUGGACGGUGUGGACACCAGCCAGCUGGAGCUGGCUGAGCUCAGAUCCCAGAUGGCUGUUAUCCCCCAGGAACCUUUCCUGUUCAGUGGGACUGUUCGGGAGAACCUGGAUCCCCAGGGCCUGCAUGACGACAGGGCCCUGUGGCAAGCCCUAGAGCAGUGCCACCUGAGUGCAGUGACCAUCGCUGCGGGUGAGUCUCGGGCCAAGCCUGGAAGGGCAGGUAAGAAGCGAAUAGGUGCUAGCAAUGCAGACGUUCUGCUUGCAGGCGGCCUAGAUGGAGAGCUGGGCGAAAGGGGCCGGAACUUGUCCCUGGGACAGAGGCAGCUGCUGUGUCUGGCCAGGGCUCUUCUUACAGAUGCCAAGAUCUUGUGCAUUGACGAGGCCACCGCAAGUGUGGACCAGAAGACAGACCAGCUGCUCCAGCAGACCAUCUGCAAACGCUUCGCCAACAAGACAGUGCUGACCAUUGCCCACAGGCUCGACACAAUCCUCAGCUCCGACCGUGUGCUGGUGCUCCAAGCCGGGAGGGUGGUAGAACUGGACUCCCCCUCAGUUCUGCGCAACCAGCCUCACUCCCUGUUCCAGCAGCUCCUGCAGAGCAGCCAGCAGGGAGCCCACCCCCUCCCUGCAGGAUGCUGAGCCCCUUCCCACCAGGGCUGCCCAUUUGCACCCUCCUCUGUGCAUCUACCUCUCUUCCGCCUCCCCAGAGGGGAGUGGGCACCCUGGCUUCCUCUGUGAAAACCGCUCAUAGGUGGGCUGGAGGCUGAGGCUUCCCCAGACCCCGCCCGCCGUGGGCCUCUUCACCCAGAAUUCUGGUGAAUUCUGGGCCAGUUUUUCUUCCAUAGAAACCCACUUGCAUUUUAAUAAUUUUAUUUGAUAAAAUUCCUAUCUGACA